UUCUAGUUAAAAUUCGCCAAAACUGAAGUAGAGAUUUCCCACCAACUUGUGGAAAAUAAGUGGACGCUUAUUUCUGCAGUGUUGACGGUGGAUUUUUUUUUUGUUUUUCUUCCGACUUUUUCCGAAUACUUUUUUUUUGUGCCUUUCUUUUUCGGUUCUAUUUCCCACGCAGUCUCUACUGUGUAGUAUUGUUUUUAAAUCCAUUCAAACAUUUCGGUACCUGGAAUUGGAUGAGCUUCCUGAUGAGAGAUCCAGUCAUACCAGGAUCAAGUAUGGCAUAUCAUCCGUUUAUACCUCACCGGGGUCCGGAAUUUGCCAUGAGUGCAAUGCUGGGUCACCAGCCACCCUUCUUCCCGGCGCUGGCUUUGCCUCCCAACGGCUCCCUCUCCCUCCCCAACGCCCUGGGAAAACCGAUCAUGGACCAGCUGAUGGGAGCAGCGGAGACAGGCCUGCACUUCUCCUCUCUGGGCCACCAGGCUGCGGCUGCCCACCUCAGGCCUCUGAAGACGCUGGAGCCCGAGGAAGAGGUGGAGGAUGACCCCAAAGUUCACCUGGAAGCCAAGGAGCUUUGGGAGCUCUUCCACAAGCGAGGCACCGAAAUGGUGAUCACGAAAUCUGGAAGGAGGAUGUUCCCCCCGUUCAAAGUGAGGUGCACAGGCUUGGACAAGAAGGCUAAAUACAUUCUCUUGAUGGAUAUAGUUGCAGCCGACGACUGCAGGUACAAAUUCCACAACUCGCGGUGGAUGGUGGCGGGGAAGGCAGACCCAGAAAUGCCAAAGAGGAUGUACAUUCAUCCGGACAGUCCGGCUACCGGCGAACAGUGGAUGUCAAAAGUCGUCAAUUUUCACAAGCUCAAGCUGACAAACAACAUCUCCGACAAGCACGGAUUUGUAAGUUUAACUAAUACCAUCCUAAACUCAAUGCACAAAUACCAGCCGCGGUUUCACAUCGUGAGGGCAAACGACAUCUUAAAACUGCCCUACAGUACCUUCCGGACAUAUGUUUUCCCUGAAACCGAUUUUAUUGCCGUCACUGCAUAUCAGAAUGACAAGAUCACCCAGCUGAAAAUUGACCACAAUCCAUUUGCCAAAGGGUUCCGUGACACUGGUAAUGGUAGGCGUGAAAAGAGGAAGCAGUUGGCACUGCAGUCCAUCCGCUCCUACGAGGAGCAGCAGAAGAAGGAGAACGGCGCCUCGGACGACUCCUCCGGCGAGCAGGCUUCGUUUAAGUGCUUCGGUCAGGCCUCGUCCCCCGCGGUGUCCACCGUGGGGCCUCCCCACCUGAAAGAUUUCUGCGAGAGCGACGAUGACAGCGACGACGAGAGCAAAGACGGGAACGUGAAAGAUGGCCCGGACUCCAGCAAGAUCUCCACCACCACGGAGGACGGGAAAGACCUGGACGCGAGCCCGGUGAAGAGCCACCCGUUUGGAAGCAACGACUCCGCCAGCAGGAUCCGCGACAACGCCCCCAGGACUGAAAAAAGCCAAGCGGACUCGCGACAGAGCCCCAUCACCGUAAUCUCCAGCACCACACGCUCCGGCGAAGAGCUCAAGAGCCCGAACCGGGACCAGUCCAAAACGGACGAGUGCAGGUCGAUAAGCAAGGACAGUUUCAUGCCUUUGACUGUUCAGACUGACACAGCCCACUUGGGCCACAGCCACUUGCAUAAUUUUGGAUUUCCAACGGGUCUGACGGGACAGCAGUUUUUCAAUCCCCUAGGGAGCGCCCACCCUUUCCUCUUGCACCCCGGUCAGUUCAACAUGGGGGGCGCGUUCUCAAACAUGGCCGCGGGCAUGGGUCCCUUACUGGCUGCCGUGUCUUCCGGAGGUGUUAGCACGAUGGACACGGCCAGCAUGGCGUCACCUCCGCAAAGCUUGACGGGAGCGCCAGGCCUGCCUUUCCAUCUGCAGCAGCAUGUCUUGGCAUCACAGGGUCUCGCCAUGUCUCCGUUUGGAAGUCUGUUCCCCUAUCCUUACACUUACAUGGCAGCGGCUGCGGCAGCCUCCUCCGCCGCCGCCGCCGCCUCCUCGUCGGUGCACCGGCACCCAUUCCUCAACGCGGUGCGCCCCCGACUCAGGUACAGCCCCUACUCCCUCCCCAUGAACGUGCCUGACAGCACCCUGCUCACCACCGCCAUGCCCUCCUCCAUGGCCGGCGGCGGGGCCGAGAUGAAGGGCGACGGCGUCGCCGCCAGUCCCGUCCCCGCCACUCUGGAUUCGACGACGGAAGUGACGAGCCGCUCGUCCACCAUGUCGUCCGGCUCGGUGUCCAUGUCCCCGAAAACCUGCACGGAGAAAGACGCCGCCAACGAGCUGCAGAGCAUCCAGCGUUUGGUCAGCGGACUCGAUUCAAAUCAGGACAGGCCACGGAGCGUGUCCCCAUAGAGGUCUCCCCCACUCACGUCUCGUUGUUGUUGUUGUUGUUGUUGUUGUUGUGAUAUAAAAAAAGAAAAGUGUUGACGGUGACAAAGACGUUAACAGUAGGACGACACCCUCUUAUAUGGCCGACUGCAGGCUAAAAAACAUGUAAAAAAUAUUAAAAAAAAAAGACGAACGGACAUUUAGAUUUUGAAAUGCACUUUGGUUAAAACACACAUCUGAUAUGUAUAUUUCUCUCUUUGUGUUAAAUUAAACGAGACUUCUUUGAAAUGUCCUUGUCAUUUGAAUACCAUACAAGUAUUGAAACUGAAAAAAAAAACAAAGUUGGCGUGGAUGUGACUCACAGGUGUAGGAGACGUCGCUGCUGCCGCUGCUGCUCCUCUCUCCUAAUUUUAUUAGCCUGGAACACGCGGGGUUGCCCUGGCAACCCACAUUUUGUGUUAUAUAAAUAUGCACUCUGAAUCGGUUUUACUUAUUUGAACUCACUUCCAUUGACCGGAUACAAGACUGCUGUAUUUUUUUUUGUCGUAGUCGACUGAUUGAUGAAACGGUCCGUCUACCCCUCCUGUCACCUAUCAGCGUAUAGAUGGGUCACGUGUUGCAUGUCUCUCUUAA